GAGAAGAGAAGAGAAGAGAAGAGAAGAGAAGAGAAGAGAAGAGAAGAGAAGAGAAGAGUCAUCUCUGCAGUGAACUAUGGAACAGUUUGUUGAAGACUCCAACCUGGGGGACUGGAAGGUGAUUGGCUCUGGGGGUUUUGGACAAAUCUACAAAGCCAGGCAUCAUCAGUGGGGCUUUGACGUGGCCAUUAAACUGCUUCUUCAGGGCGAGGGGACUGAGAAGGAUUUGCUGCAUGAGAUCAAAAUGAUGCGUCAAGCCACCAGCCCAUAUGUUAUGGCCGUCCGAGGGGUCUUCAAGGGUCGAACGCCCUCUGGCAGGUCAAUACAGCUUGGUGUGGUCAUGGAGCUCAUGGAGAGAGGAUCAUUGGCCUCCCUACAGGAAGCAUUGAGGGGACCUCCACCCUGGCCGCUGGUCUUCAGACUGGCUCACCAAGUGGCUCUGGGUAUGAACUUUCUCCACAGUCUGCCCCGUCCCGUGCUCCACCAGGACCUGAAGCCCCAAAACGUGCUGCUGGACGACUCUCUCAAUGCCAAGCUUACAGAUUUUGGCCUUGCGCGGAUUUCCAGAAGCGUCACACUGGGUUCCAUGGACGAACCACUAGGAGGGACGGUUAACUACAUGCCACCAGAGGCUUUUGAUGCAUCGUAUGAACCUACCAGAGCCUUUGAUAUCUACAGUUAUGGGAUACUCCUUUGGUCUAGUGUCACAGGGAAACAACCAUAUGAACAUGCAGAGACCAAAAUUGUGAUGAGACGCGUCCUACUGGGAGACCGCCCAAAGCUGGCUGAUAUCAAGGGUGAUGCUGCCGGGUUGACAGGACUGAUGAAGAGAUGCUGGGAUCAUAAACCUGAACAAAGGCCCAAAGCCCUUGAGUGUACAACUGAUACUGAAAAACUGUUCAAGAUGCACAAACAUGUACUCAAUGACGCUGUCCAUGAAGUGCUGAAGAAACUGGACCAAAGGAUAGGAAAAAGCAUGGCAGUGGACCCUAUCAGUGUGCAGAGGAGUGAUCUGAUGACAUAUUCCCAUGGACUCAGUUUGGACACAAACCCACUCACAGUGGACACAAACACAGUGAACGGAUACCUCAAACUGUCUAACAGGAUGGUGACAUGUGUGAAGGAGAAGCAGCCAUAUCCUGAUCAUCCAGAGAGGUUUGACAGCUGUCGUCAGCUGCUGUGUAGAGAUGGUCUGACUGGUCGCUGUUACUGGGAGGUUGAGAGGAGAGGAGGGGUUUCUAUAGCAGUGAGUUACAGAGGAAUCAAGAGGAGAGGAGGCAGUGGUGACUCUUGGUUUGGAAAUAAUGAUCAGUCCUGGAGUCUGAACUGCACUGAUGAUGGUUACUCUGUCAUGCACAAUCACAGAAGAACAUCAAUCUCCUCCUCCAUCUCUGAUAGAGUAGGAGUGUAUGUGGAUCAUCCUGCUGGCUCUCUGUCCUUCUACACAGUCUCCUCUGACUCACUGAUCAACCUCCACACCUACAACACCACAUUCACUGAGCCUCUUUAUCCUGGGUUUGGGUUCUGGUUCUCUGGUUCCUCGGUGUCUCUGGGUUCUGUGUAGAAAAACUUCCUGUCCUGUGGUUUAAAUGUUGGUGGAGGACGAGGCUUCACUUUGGUUAACUUUUGUCUCACUGAUUGUCUUUAAUGUCAAAUGUUUUUCUUUUAGUAAUGUUGAAAUGAUCUCCUCAGGGAUGAAAACUAGUUGUGUAUAAACUGACUUUGAGCACUUUAAUCAUGUAUUAUUGGAGCAGCUUCAGCUGAUUUAUUUCCAUUAAGUUUUUAAAGAUUAAACUCAUGUUUACAUGAGUUUGUUUUAACAAAUGUAAAUUGAAAUUCAAAUAAAGAGGUUUCCUUGACAAUUAA